AUGCUGGCCCUGCUGUAUUACCCUGUCCUCUACUACCCUCUGGCCGCCUGUGCCACAGCCAGGCAUGGAGCCGCACAUCUGCUUGGCAGCGUGCUGUCCUGGGCCCACUUUGGAGUCCAUGUCUGGCAGAGGGCAGAGUGUCCCCAGACGCCAAAGAUCUACAAGUACUACUCCCUGCUGGCCUCUCUGCCUCUCAUUCUGGGCCUCGGAUUCCUGAGCCUUUGGUACCCAGUGCAGCUGGUGAGACGCUUCAGCCGUAGGACAGGAGCUGGCUCCGAGGGGCUGCAGAGCAGCUACUCUGAGGAGUACCUGAGGAACCUCCUUUGCCAGCAGAAGACACUGGAAAGCAGCUCCCACACCUCCAAGCCUGGCUUCCUGUCCUGGACCUGGAUUGGCUUCAGACACUACGUCUACAUUCCACAGCGAGGAUUCCGCCUCCCUCUGAAGCUGGUGCUUUCAGCUACCCUGACAGGAGCAGCCAUUUACCAGGUGGCCCUGCUGCUGCUGGUGGGUGUGGUACCCACCAUCCAGAAGGUGAGGGCAGGGGUCACCACAGAUGUCUCCUACCUGCUGGCUGGCUUUGGGAUCGUGCUCUCAGAGGACAGACAGGAGGUGGUAGAGCUGGUGAAGCAUCAUCUGUGGGCUCUGGAAGUUUGCUACAUCUCGGCCUUGGUCUUGUCUUGCUCACUCACCUUCCUGGUCCUGAUCCGCUCGCUGGUGACACACAGGGCCAACCUUCAAGCUCUGCACCGAGGGGCUGCCCUGGACCUGGGUCCCCCACGCCAAGGCCCUCACCCCUCUCGCCAAGCCAUAUUCUGUUGGAUGAGCUUCAGUGCCUACCAGACUGCCUUCACCUGCCUUGGGCUCCUGGUGCAGCAAAUCAUCUUCUUCCUGGGAACUACAGCCCUCGCCUUCCUGGUGUUCAUGCCUGUGUUCCAUGGCAGGAACCUUCUGCUGUUACGAUCCUUGGAGUCCUCGUGGCCCUUCUGGCUGACUUUGGCCCUGGUUGUGACCCUGCAGAACAUGGCAGCCCAGUGGGUCUUCCUGGAGACCCAACAUGGACACCCAGAGCUGACCAACCGGCGAGCGCUGUAUGCAGCCACCUUUCUCCUCUUCCCCCUCAACGUGCUGGUGGGUGCCAUGGUGGCUGCCUGGCGAGUGCUCCUCUCUGCCCUCUACAAUGCUGUUCACCUUGGCCAGACCGACCUCAGCCUGCUGCCACCAAGAGCCGCCACUCUCGACCCAGGAUACCACACAUACCGAAACUUCUUGAAGAUUGAAGUCAGCCAGUCGCAUCCAGCCAUGACAGCCUUCUGCAACCUGCUCCUGCAAGCGCGGGGCCCCCGGCCCUGGUCCCCGGCAGCCCCCCAGGACGGCCUCAGACCGGGGGAGGAAGAAGGGAUGCAGUUGCUGCAGACAAAGGACACCAUGGCCAAGGCAGCAGGGUCUAGGGCUAGCCGCGCCAGGGCCCGCUGGGGUCUGGCCUACACGCUGCUGCACAACCCGGCCCUGCAGGCCUUCCGGAAGACAGCCCAGUCAGGUGUCCAGGCCAAGGGCACCCAGUCCUGA